GAGCCAUGUAUUUGUGAUAGUUACUACCACUCAGUUCUGACUGGGAUUUCCUUGACACAAGUCAGGGCAUUGUGUUAAAAGCUUCAUCAUGAACGUACUAUUGGGAAACUGUGUGGGCAGCUGUGACCAGUUGGCCGGUCCUCCGCCGGACUUUAUCCUCUCGAUGCCGCCGCCCCCGCUGCCGUCCUUCCUGAUCUCCAAGCCGGCGACGGUCGACAUCCUGGUGCCCAGCAAUGAGACGCAGCCGUGCUUCGCCGCCUUCAUGUGUGGCCAUGGGAUGCAGCACAACGAGAGCGGCAACAAUGCGCUGAUGGAGCUGGUGAGGAGCGAUUCGAAGAGCCUGGAGAAUGUCUGGCUAUUCGUCUCGUCCUGCAUCGGGAUCUUUGUGUUUGGCUGCUUCCUGGCCCUCAUUGUGAUCAGAUGUAGAGACAGCUCCUUCUUCUCGUAUCACGACGCCAAUAUCAAGCAGACGGCCAUCAAUGCUUUGGGCGAGGCCACCAAGUCGAAUGCCUUCACAUCCGGCGGAAUUCUAUAUCCCUGCGCCACGGCCAACAGCCGGGAUUUGCUCCAAAGCCAGCUGGUCAACGACAGCCGUCUCCUGUGGGCCACCCUAACGCCCCACGGCACCCGGCACUUCAUCAUCGAGAACUCCCAGGACGGGCACUACGAGUCGGUCGACUACCGCGGAAAGUCGCACAGCCAAGUGUUCCGCGGCUACGAGAAGCACUCGCAGUCAUUUGUCAAGUCCUUUGACAACAAUGGCUUCGUUGACUACGACUACGAGGAUCCCACGCCGUUGAUGGACUCAUACCACGAUGAUAUGGACUCGGGCUACCAGGAGCCACAUGAGGUGACCGGCUCCUUGAAACGGUCUGCGCUGCGGGCCAUGGACUCCUCCUCGAACGACACCCCGACCAGUGGCGGAUCGAGCUCAUCGAACUACAAUGGCAAUCAGAUCGGCAACUCCAAGUCCAUCAGCCGCAAGACGACGCUCUCCCGUCGCAUCAGCGAUGCCUCCUCCUCCCAAAAUGGAACAUCCAUGUAAAUGUAAAUUUUGAAUUGGAGAUCGGAUUGAGCGGAGAUCCGGAAACUGCAGAUCGUAGUGAUGAUUACACGCUGAUAUUUUAGACUAUUUUAAGAG